CAUUUCUCCAACUAAAAAGUAAAAAACCAAAACCCCUCUCGCUGACGCUGACUCGUCUCUUCUCUUCUCUGCCCCCCUUAUCUCCACCAAACUCCAAACUCCAAACCCCGAAAGCCAUGCCCUCCUUCGCCGCUCCAACGCACAUCCAAUCAACUCCUCCUCUCAGCUCAUCCCGGCGAGCAUUAGCCUCCCCCACACCAAAACGCACCGUCCAAUGCAACUUUUCGCUUCCCUCUUCCUCUACCUCUUCCGCAACCAAAAAUACUAAACCCCUCAAAUCCUUUGUCAAAACCCUCGCUGCCGCCUCCGCCUCGUCCCUCCUCCUCCACCUCCGUUCGCUCUCCCCCAAUCUCGGCGGUUCUGGUGGCGAAGGAGGAGGCUUCGGAGGAUCGGGCGGUGGAGGCGGUGGCGGAGAUGGCGGAGGCUUCUGGAGAGAGUUCUUCUCUCCGGCAUUGGCCAUUGCCGACGAGUCCCAGAACCAAGAAUGGGACUCGCAUGGGCUUCCGGCGAACAUCGUGGUCCAGCUCAACAAGCUGAGUGGGUUCAAGAAGUACAAGGUAUCUGAUAUCCUUUUCUUCGAUCGCCGGCGGUGGGCUACCGUCGGCACCGAGGACUCGUUCUUCGAGAUGGUGUCCCUGAAGCCGGGCGGGGUCUACACGAAGGCCCAGCUCCAGAAAGAGCUCGAAACCCUAGCCACCUGUGGAAUGUUCGAGAAGGUCGACCUGGAGGGGAAGACCAACCCGGAUGGCACAAUUGCGGUGACAAUAUCGUUCACGGAAAGCACGUGGCAGUCAGCGGACAAGUUCCGGUGCAUCAACGUGGGGAUGAUGCCGCAGUCGAAGCCGAUCGAGAUGGACUCUGAUAUGACCGAUAAGGAGAAGAUGGAGUACUAUCGGAGCCUCGAGAGGGACUACAAGAGGAGGAUCGAUAGGGCCAAGCCGUGCCUGUUGCCGCCACCGGUGCACCGGGAGAUCAUGCAGAUGCUGAGGGACCAGGGGAAGGUUAGCGCGAGGCUGUUGCAGAGGAUUCGGGACCGGGUCCAGAAAUGGUACUACGACGAAGGGUAUGCGUGUGCGCAGGUGGUGAAUUUUGGGAAUUUGAAUACGAAGGAGGUGGUUUGUGAGGUGGUGGAAGGCGAUAUUACGCAGGUCAACAUUCAGUUCCUUGAUAAGCUUGGCAAUGUCGUUGAGGGGAAUACCCAGGUCGCCGUGGUGAAAAGGGAAAUGCCCAAACCGCUCCGGCCAGGUAAAGUUUUUAACAUAGAGGCAGGGAAGCAAGCUCUGAGGAACAUUAACGGGCUCGGUUUGUUUUCGAACAUUGAGGUGAACCCACGGCCUGAUGAGAAGAACGAGGGAGGGAUCAUUGUUGAAAUAAAGCUUAAGGAACUAGAACAGAAGACAGCUGAAGUUGCUACAGAGUGGAGUAUUGUUCCUGGGCGUGGAGGACGUCCCACUUUGGCUUCAUUGCAGCCUGGUGGGACUGUUACUUUUGAACAUCGGAAUCUCAAUGGGCUAAAUAGAUCCAUUAAUGGUUCAGUGACUACUAGCAACUUCUUGAAUCCUCAGGAUGAUCUUGCUUUCAAACUUGAGUAUGUGCAUCCUUAUUUGGAUGGUGUGUAUAAUCCACGCAACCGUACUAUGCGAGUGAGCUGCUUCAACAGCCGGAAAUUGAGUCCAGUCUUCACUGGCGGGCCAGGGGUGGAUGAAGUCCCUCCUAUAUGGGUUGAUCGAGCAGGCGCUAAGGCCAAUAUUACAGAGAAUUUCACCCGUCAGAGCAAGUUCACGUAUGGACUUGUAAUGGAAGAGAUAACAACACGUGAUGAAAGCAGUCAUAUCUGUCCCAAUGGUCAAAGAGUGUUGCCAAGUGGAGCAAUUAGUGCAGAUGGACCUCCUACAACCCUCAGUGGUACUGGCGUUGACCGAAUGGCAUUUCUACAGGCGAAUAUUACACGUGAUAACACCAAGUUCUUAAAUGGAGCUAUAGUCGGUUCAAGGGAUGUAUUUCAGGUAGACCAAGGCCUUGGCGUCGGCAGCAAGUUUCCGUUCUUCAAUCGCCACCAACUAACAUUGACACGAUUUUUUCAGCUGAAGGAAGUGGAGGAAGGUGCUGGUAAACCACCACCACCUGUCCUUGUCUUUCAUGGCCACUAUGGUGGCUGUGUGGGAGACCUUCCAAGUUACGAUGCUUUUACCCUUGGAGGUCCGUAUUCUGUGAGGGGUUACAACAUGGGUGAGAUAGGUGCAGCCAGAAACAUCGUUGAGCUAGCAGCUGAGCUACGGAUACCUGUAAAAGGUACACACGUGUAUGCAUUUGCAGAACAUGGCAAUGAUCUAGGAAGCUCAAAGGAUGUCAAGGGGAACCCAACAGAGGUCUACAGGCGAUUGGGACAUGGGUCUUCUUAUGGUGCUGGUGUCAAGCUAGGCCUAGUACGAGCCGAGUAUGCUGUUGAUCAUAACUCUGGCACUGGUGCAUUUUUCUUCCGAUUUGGAGAGAGGUUCUGAGAUGCAAUUGGCUUCAUAUUUUUGAAGGACAUUUUGUUCAUUAGGUUUUUGGAUAAUCUGCUGGAAUUUUUUGUUGUCUCGUAAAGGCUUUUUCAGAUACUUGAAACUAUAUAUAUGAGUUAUUUAGAGUGGAAA